AGGGCUGGGUCUCGCGCGAUUACGUCAUUUGCCGAGGCAACUGAGCGAGGCCCGGGACCGGUGCACACGUGACCUCCCUAUAUUCCCGACAGUCUGUGCGUCCGCUCCCAUCCCUGUGUCCUGCUUCUUCUGAGUACCAACCUCGACAGAUGGGUGACGGCGAGAAACUUAACAUCGACUCUAUCAUCCAGCGGCUGCUGGAGGUUAAAGGAUGUCGUCCUGGAAAGAAUGUUCAGCUGUCAGAGAAUGAGAUUCGUGGCCUGUGCUUAAAAUCCAGGGAAAUUUUUCUGAGUCAGCCCAUCCUUCUGGAGCUUGAGGCCCCACUGAAGAUUUGCGGUGAUGUCCAUGGUCAAUAUUACGACCUCCUUAGAUUGUUUGAGUACGGUGGGUUUCCUCCAGAGAGUAACUACUUGUUUCUGGGGGAUUAUGUGGACCGUGGAAAGCAGUCACUGGAGACCAUCUGUUUGCUGCUCGCCUACAAAAUAAAGUAUCCAGAGAACUUCUUUCUAUUGCGUGGUAACCAUGAGUGCGCCAGCAUCAAUCGCAUCUACGGAUUUUAUGACGAAUGUAAGCGGAGGUACAACAUCAAACUCUGGAAGACCUUCACAGAUUGCUUUAACUGUUUACCAGUUGCUGCUAUAGUGGAUGAGAAAAUCUUCUGCUGUCACGGAGGGCUUUCACCUGACCUGCAAUCCAUGGAGCAGGUGCGACGAAUCCUCCGUCCCACUGAUGUCCCAGACCAAGGUCUUUUAUGUGAUCUUCUGUGGUCCGAUCCAGACAAAGACGUCCUUGGUUGGGGGGAGAAUGACCGUGGUGUUUCAUUCACCUUUGGCGCUGAUGUGGUUACAAAAUUCCUUCACAAGCACGAUCUUGACCUUAUCUGCCGGGCGCAUCAGGUGGUAGAAGAUGGUUAUGAGUUCUUUGCAAAGAGACAACUUGUAACUUUGUUCUCUGCUCCCAAUUACUGCGGCGAGUUUGAUAAUGCUGGCUCCAUGAUGAGCGUAGACGAGUCUCUGAUGUGUUCCUUCCAGAUCCUGAAGCCGGCUGACAAAAAGCUUUUUGCAUAUGGAGGUGUCAACCAAUCACGGCCUGUUACCCCACCUAGAAACUCUGCCAAGAACAAGCAGAAGAAAUGACCUUUAGCUACCCCUCACAGCUCCUCCCCCACCCCCUGACCUCUCACACACUGACCUCCCACCUUGUCCCCUCUGGAAUAUCUGCCUCCUGUUUCAUCCAAGAAAUAGGUUGGUAGGUGUAGAAGGGCUGGAAUACUUUAAUGUUACCUCGCACUGACGCAGGAGGUUUGAGGGGUGGGUAGAGGGCACCUGUGAAUGGGACCCCACUUUUCUGCCUUAAUCCUUUUGUUGUGGCCAGCGAGAAGCAUUACCAUGGGCACGUGGACGGAGAAACAUUUCCUUACAGUGGUGCCUUAAUGCAGCAUGAUAACUGUAAAACAAAUUGAAUCUCAGGGUUAUACAUUACAGCUUGUGUGAAUUCCUGGAUUGUAGCAAAAAUCAACUUCUUUGUAGCUCCUCCAAGUGUCACCCCUCCCCCUGUAUUUGCACGCAUGUUCCUUUCAUCUGCUCUGAAUUGCGGGAGGCUUUUUUAGAUUUGGCUGGAGCUUGUCUUUAAGCCUGUGGCUGUGUGUGAAGGUCUCACUUUUUUUUUUUCUUCAUGUGACAAAGGAAGUCCAGAGUGCAUGGUCUGUCUGGUUUUAUUUUUUUAUUUUUUUUUCUCCCCCACAGUCCUUUUCAAAAAGGAUGUAACAUGUACACAAGGUGCGUUUUAAGCACGCAAGUUAAUUAGUUGAGUCAGUUUUCAAUUACAUAAGGCAUUAUAUAAAGUCCUCUGCAUAUUUCAGAUUAUGGUUACAUUUCUGUUAUACUGUACAUUAUAGUUGCUGCUGUGGUUUUGAUCCUCCACUACUGUCUAUUAAUGUAACUUAAUUUUGUCUUGGGGCAUAGUUCGGUUACCAUAAAUCUUGUAUAUUUGUGCCGUUUUCAAAAGCCCUCUGAAUCAGGGACGCUGGUUUUGCAUAAACUGUUGAUAGCCUAAUAAAUGGGACAAAAGCUGUCCAUAUCACACUGUUUUAAUACCCCUUAUUGCUGAGGGACCAAUAGGACUGCAGUUAUGGCAGAGAAGGGGGACCCUGUGCACGAUGUAGGAGAGCUUGGUAAUGGUUUUACUCCACUUGCCCUCAAGAAUGGGAUGUUUGGCCAGAUGAGAACUUGAAGGGGGAUCCGAUUAUGGCUGGGGGAGAGGGAUUCUUUAAUGUGUUUAAUUGUGAGCUGUGGCUUUUUAAUGAAAUUCUUUUUAUCAAGACUGAAUUGAAAUGAAUGUAGACAAAUAACUUGACUCUUUUUGGUUUGUUUUUGUAUUUUAUGGGCAGCAGCGGGGAUGGAUCUGAAAGGUAUUUUUAUUUAAAAAUGUGGUGCGACUUGGAUCAAUGAUUCGUUCACUUGGUUUUUAAACUUUGUUGUGUUCAAAAGAAAAAAGGAAAAUCUUGUAUCCUACAUGAAUGCAGCAUUGAUCAUCACUUUUUUUUUUUAUUAUAAUAAAGACUAUCCCAACAGUUUA